CCAGCAGCGCGUGCCGAGAGAAAGCACGAGCUUGUCUCUCUCUGCUAGCGCGCGCGAUACAUCUCUCUCUCUCAGAGCUGAGGAAAGGGACAGUAAAAGGGAAAAACAAAUCCUUUAACCAGAGGGUGAGGUACUGUAGGUGAGCGCGAGCAGACCAUCUGAGGUGAAAAAAACAAAACGAAUUAAAACUACGAUGCAGCCAGAUAUGGAUUAAAAGUCCAAGCUUGAGAUUUGACCAUGUGGAUCUUCGUCAGUAAACUGGCGUUCGUGUUUCUGCUCUCGUGACACUGAGUUUGUAGAGGAGCUUCAGCAGCUGAAACAUAUAAUGGAGACGUUCUCUAGACCAGAGUGUCAGAUCUGCUUUAACCCGUUCAGCCCUCGACGGCGGCCCAAACUUCUGGAGUGCAGGCACACGUGCUGCUCAGAAUGUUUGCAUCAGAUGGUGCUGAAUCACAGGGAAGUCCGCUGCCCCUGGUGCCGCCAUGUCACGCACCUCUGCGGCCUCUCCGUGUUACAGCUCCCAGAUGAUCCGGAAGCACUCUCAGCCAUCACCUUGGCACACGCGCCCGUUUUUAUCCAGCUGCCCAAUAGCAGCUGCUACCUGCUGCCUCUGUCAGGGGAUGAACACGCCUACAGAUACGGCUUCAAAAACCCAGACGGGACGACUCAACCUGAACGCCUUACAGCCGGAGAGGAGGAGGAGGCAGAGGGGAGAGACGCGACGAUGAAGAGUUCAGCCUGGACCGGGUUCUGCACUGUCCUCCUGGUAGCCAUCAUCCUCAUCUUCCUCCUGGCCAUCGUCCUGCACAACAUGUCUUGUGUGUCCAAACGCUUCAGCAUCAUUUCCUGUGGAUGAAAGGCGAGACGGGGGCUGUGUUUCAAAUAUCACCCUACUCACUAUUCCCUACGGAGAAGAAUCAGGAGCACACAGUAGUGCACUGAAAAGGGAAUGAAAUUCAGGGUUCAGAUAAAGGAUUUCAUGACAAAUUGCUCACAGUGAUCGGUCAGCUGUGGAUGUGUCUCAAAUUACAGUUUGUAUGCACUAGUUAGGGAACAUAAACACAAACCACUUGCCCUGAUCACUACGUAGGGAACAUAAACUCCAUUUUAAACACCUCAUGUUAUAUAUAUACACUGUGGGCGUGUCUCAAACCACAUGCCCUAUUCCCUAUAUAGGGCCAUUUCUAACAGCUCACUAUAAUCCGUCUGGUGUGGGUGUGUCCCAAUUCCAAACCACACACCUUAUUCACUAUGUAGGGAACAAACACCAUUUCUUAUUUACCCUAUUUACUGUACAGACUACAUACUGUAUCAUGUUCAAGCUCCGCAGUGUAUUGCUCGGUUACACUGGACGCUAACUGUGUUCUGAUGUCAUGAGCGCACUGGAUAAAUCCCAGGUAGGUAGUGCACUAUGUAGUGAACAGGGUGUGAUUUUGGACCUACAGUGCGUUUGACUUUCAGUCAGAAAGAGGAGCGCACGUUUGUACAAAGACACUCUGGAUAUAAUAAGAGGUUCUAAGAGACUCACUGUUUCCUGCUGAAAGGCAGGAGUUUAAAGUAACACUCAGUAAAUCUUUCUCUUUUUCGUCUGCGUGGGAUUGGAGGAAUUUCUCCACCUCAACUCAAAACACUGUAUGGACGUUAUUUUUUUUGCCAGUGUACAGUUAAAGACCAAGCUCGAUGCAGUGUUGAACUGGGUCAUAUUGUAAUGUGGUAGCAGUGUGUGACUGUGACGAUUUAAACGUAACGUUAAGAAGGUUUUCACGUAUGUAGCGUUUGAAGCCGGACCAAAACAACCGAUCUGAGAUCGCGCCGAGGUUCUGGGACUUUUGCGAUUAUGUUCUAACCCUGCUCCUUCUCACAGAUUCAAGCAAUUCGUUUUUUCUUUAAUUUUUUCUCAAAAAUCUGCGCAGUGUGAAAUCAAACCGGGCCAAAACGAAAGUUAGAAAAUGAACUACAGCUAACAGUUACAGUAUUUAGAAUGGCCUAAUGAGUAAGAAAGCUUAAGUCUUAAGUAAUAACGCUAUAAAGCUGACAAAGAAGGGGCUUUUCAUGACUAAGAAGAAGAAGAAGAAGAAAUCUUUUAUAGUGAAUCAACACAAAUCCUGUUUGCUGGAUUUCCUCCUUCAGCUCUGCCACAUUUUUAACUAAUGUCCAAAUAUACAAUUUUCUACGUGUUAUUUAAAUGUUGCUGUGAAAUGUGUAAUAAAAGACGUUGGUGUUGUGAGUCA